AUGAAUAACAGCACGGAAAACUGUUCGAUGCGUGACGUAGACGUUCUUGUUCAGUCGCUGGAGCUGGUCAUCUACAUCCCCAUCUUCGUGUUUGGCCUCGUCCUGAACGUCAUCGCGCUUUGGGUAUUCUGCAGGGUUCUUAAGAAAUGGACGGAAUCCUCGAUCUACAUGACCAACCUGGCGAUCCUGGACCUGCUCUUGUUGUUCCAGCUGCCCUUUAAGAUGCACGCCACAAACAACAAGUGGUCGCCUGACAAAAACAUGCUUUGCUCUUUUUUGGAAACCAUGUACUUCCUGGCCAUGUAUGGGAGCAUUUAUAUAAUCGUGUGCAUAUCCGUGGACCGCUACAUCGCCAUAUGCCACCCAUUUCAUGCCAAACGCCUACGGUCUAAAAAAACGGCGAGGAUCGUGUGCGCCACGAUUUGGGCCGUUGUGGUGCUCGCGACUAUCCCGGUGUACACUUUUCACCGGGAGGACCCUUCGAAUUUACACUGUUUUCAUCGAUUUUCAGAUAAAAGGUGGCACCCGGCGCUCAUCACGUGUGUCGAGGUGUUCGGUUUCCUGUUGCCCGCUCUGGUACUGAUAAGCUGCUCGGUGCUAAGCAUCCGUGCUCUGCGUGAUACCAAGGCCACGAGUCCACAAAGUCCCGAGAGAAAAGCUGGCAUCCGGAUCAUCUACAGCGGGCUGUGCGCCUUCCUGGUGCCCUUCACGCCGUGUCACAUUGCGAUAUUUUUUCAAGUCCUUGUACGGAGCAAGGUCAUCACAGAGUGCCAAUCCAUGAGAAACAUCUCCCUGUUUUUACAAUUGGCCCUCCACUUGGCCAACGUCACAUGUUGCCUGGAUGCCAUCUGCUACUAUUUUAUUGUUGAAGAGGUACGAGCAAGUAGAGACGUUAUCAAAAGGUCCAUCCAAAGGAUAACAAGUUUCAGUGUCUCAGAAACGUAA